AUGACGGAGACGACGCGCGACGAUAGACGGCGGCUGCUGCUGCAGUGCAUCCUGCGGGCGCGGGGGGCGGUGCACGAGCAAGUGCUGGCACAGUGCCUGGGCGCGCUGGGCGGCGACGGGGGAGAGCUGGGGACAUACGUAACGGAGAUGAACGUGCGGUUGCGGGGGCUGGGGUACCAGGUGAAGCGGGUGACUCACGCGCUGGGGCGGCGGUACGCGGGGGAGCAGGCAGGCGCGGAGGGCGGGCGCUUCUACGUGUAUGUGAACGUGGGGGCGUCGCGCGAGGCGGAGCUGGCGACGACGUUUCGGCCUGCGGAGCUGGAGUUCGUGAAGUGGGCGAUCGCACAGGUGGGCACGCUGGGGCCACUGGAAGCGGCGGGCGAGCAGGCCGGGUCUGCAGCGGAACGUGAGGUCGACCGCGUGCUGGCCGCGUGGCAGGGGGAGCCCUGCCGCCUGCCUCAGCGCGCGACCUACGCGGAACGCGCGAAGACGCUGCUGACAUACGCGGAGCUCGCGUCCUCCGACAUCGAACGGCUGCUGACACGCCUGUGCGAGCUGAAGUGGUUCUACCGUACGGCCGAGGGCAGCUACGGCUUCGAUCUGCGGUUCCUGGUUGAACUGGAGGAAUACCUGCUGGAAAACCACAUGCUGAUGCCCUGCAGCACGUGCGAGCACGUUGUUGCACAGGGCGUCCUUUGCACGGGCUGCGUCGCCAAGCGCCGCGACGAGGGCGGCUGCUGGGCUGCAUGGCACGUAGACUGCUUUGACUACCAGGUCACACACGUCACGCCGCAGUGCCCCUCCUGCGAGGCCGACAUUCUGACGGCAGGGGCGUACCUGGUGUGA